AUGACCAUCACCGAAGAGUCGACGAGUCGAGUGACUGAUCCCUCCUCGGCCCCACCUCCGACUGCUUCUUCUUCUCCCUCGCUCUUCCAGAGAAUCUGCUGUUGCUGCAGUUCAGACCUCAAGGAGCCUCCGGUGCAACUCAUCAGAAGUGCGAAGCACUCUUCUGUUUCCAGCUAACUCUUCUCUUGUUUUCAGGCGGCUCACUCACUUACCAACAGGGAGCUGCGGUCACUUCUGCUCCAGAAUCCUCUGCCGCUCCUCCUUCCAACAAUGUCAUUUCUGCAGCCAAGAAGUCAGUCGACGAUGACGUGGCACGACCGCAGACAUCUCAGAAGCCGAAAGAAGACGGUGACGUGGAGAGUGUGAAUAUGAAUGACAUUUUGAUGGAGAGUGUGCUGAAGAGCACGGAAGAGGACAGAACGGAAGUAGUCGAAGAGGACGUCGUUUCGAUUUCGACGAAUGUAAUUCAGGAAAUAGACGAGAACGAGUUGAGGAACGCAUUGAAAAAGGCCGAGAACGACUCGAACGAGGGUCCGAAGUUGAAGGGAAGAUCCGGAAUUUCGAAGGAGCUGCAGUCGGGAUCCGAGAGUUCGGACGAUGAGGGCCACGGAGACAACAGGAAGAUGUCGGUGAUCGAGUUCAUUCGAAGUGAAGCCAAGGCGGAGACGUCGACCACUUUGCCAUCGCCGCUCGUCAAGAACGACAAUGAGAAAAUGUCCGAAGCCACGCAGUCCGAGAUGUCUGAUUCAGAAGGUACAUAGUUCAACGUGUUCUUUCUCAAGUUGUAUAGUUUCAGAAGAAGAAGAAGAGUCAGAUUCUGGAAAGCAGGUAAGCACGGUCGGAAUGUCAUCGAAGACGACGGCUCGUGCUGAAAGGAACUCGGACGCCGAGGAGCGACGAGUGCUCGAAUUCAAAGAACUGAGCUCCGACGAAAGUCUGAAGGGGACGACGGAAGACGAGGAAGAGGAGAUAAUUCUGGAGAAGGAAGAAGACGUUCCGCCGCCGCUUCCGCUGUCCCCGCCGCCUCGUCUUUCCCCUGCCAACGCCUACGGUCAGCCCGAAGGAUCUCCGAUUCCCCCGCCUCGGUCCCCUCUGAAAUCUCGAAUGUAUGCGAAUGCGGACGACGAUUCGGACGAGGAUUCGGACGAUGAGGAGAGCGGAGACGCGCAUCCGAUCGCCUCGAACGGCCUCGUCCGCAUGCAUCCCAUGAACUUCGCCUCGCACAAAGACCAAGACGGAGAGUCGGUUUCUUCCGAUUCCUCCGUCUCCACGGCCACCGAUUUGUCUGAAAAAGAGAACGACGAGGAGGUAAUCGGGGUGACUCGCAUUUCUGUGAAAAGCGAUGGACGUGCGGAGGUAAGCAGCCGCUCUUCUCCCUGUUAUUCUCCCUUUUGUUUUCCAGAUUCAUUCCCCGAAGAGUCCGGUUCGUGUGACGUUGGAGCCCGAUCGUCACGAGGUCACCGACGACGACUUCUCCGAAAAGCUAAUCUGA